GGUAAGAACACUUACCAGAUUCAGCUUCCAACUUCAGUGAUGGACCCAACAGCAACCCUUCUUUAUUUGGAUUACUAUGAAGCUGCAGGCACAGACCAUCCUGUCAUGGAGACUCUCCCCCAUGUCUCCUACACAUCUGUCUUUCUCCCAAUCUUUUACACAGCCGUGUUCCUGACUGGAGUAUUGGGGAAUUUCAUCCUCAUGGUUGCACUGCAUUUCAAAUACAGCAACCGAAGAUUGAUUGACAUCUUCAUCAUCAACCUGGCUGCCUCUGACUUCAUUUUCCUUGUCACGCUACCUCUUUGGGUAGACAAGGAAGCCUCUCUAGGACUGUGGAGGACUGGCUCUUUCCUGUGCAAAGGCAGCUCCUAUGCCAUCUCAGUGAACAUGCACUGUAGUGUCUUCUUACUCACCUGCAUGAGUAUGGACCGCUACCUGGCCAUCAUGUGCCCAGCCUUAUCCAGAAGACUGAGGAGGAGAAACUGUGCAUAUGCUGUCUGCGCCAGUGUCUGGAUCAUCUCCUGCCUCCUGGGACUGCCCACUCUUCUGUCCAGGGAGCUUACUCACAUGGAUGGCAAGCCGUACUGCGCAGAGAAGGAACCCACUCCACUAAAACUGAUGUGGGGUCUGGUAGCCUUAAUUGUCACCUUUUUUGUCCCCCUACUGAGCAUUUUGACCUGCUACUGUUGCAUCACAAGGAGGCUGUGUGCUCAUUACCAGCAGUCAGGAAAGCAUAGCAAAAAGCUGAGGAAGUCCAUAAAGAUCAUCGUUAUUGUUGUGGCAGCCUUCAUCUUCUCCUGGUUGCCCUUUAAUACUUUCAAGCUCCUGGCCAUUGUCUCAAGGUUACAGCCAGAACACCAGUUUUCCUUGGAAUCUCUUCAGCUGGCCAUGGAGGUGAGUGGGCCUUUGGCAUUUGCCAACAGCUGCGUCAACCCUUUCAUUUACUAUGUCUUCGACAGCUAUGUCCGGCGGGCUGUUGUACACCGUCUGUGCCCUUGUCUGAAGAACUACGACUCUGAGAGCAGCACUGACAUGUCAGACAGUCACCUCGCUAAGGCUCUUUCCAACCUCAUCCAUGCAGAGGAUUUUGUCAAACGGAGGAAGAGGUCUGUGUCACUCUGAAGGGAGCUGUGACAUUGCAAGGUCUGUCGGCACUCCUAGGAAGUUGGGUUUUGUCAGAAAUGGAGAACGAAAAGAUUGAAGAUGACAUUCAUAUUGCUUCAUAAACCCAAGGAAGUGGUGAAUUUUUAAGAAUCCCCCUGAAGAGCUCCUGUGUUGUCAAAAAAUUAGGCCACGUGCUGCAUUUUCAGCUAAAUGCUCUUACGUGGCAUUCAAGUCAGCCAGGCAAAAUACAAUCCCCAUUGUCCCUG